AAUAAAUAAUUGUAUAAACCGUUAACACAAACCCGGAAAAAGUUUGAGGCAGUAUCAGCUCCGAAGUCCGAGUCUCGUUUAAGAGACCCGCCCAAGUCGUCGACACUCACAGUAGUAUAGAGAAGCCAGAACAAAAACGCGAAGCGACGGAAGAAGAAAGAAGAGAAGCAAGGGAAAACCAGGAGAAUCGGUGAGCAGAAAAAUGGAAGUGGAGGUUGACGAGAAGGAGCUGAAAGCCGCCGGAGCUGAGCCGUUGACCGACGGACGCCAUGGCCUCCGUAUCCAUGGUUGGGAAAUCGAGUCUCGCAAGCGCUCCAUUCUCAAGUCCUCCACCCUCGAACUGUGGGAGAAAAAGCUUGAGACAUAUCACAUGCCAGAAAUGGUGUUUGGGGACAGUUGUUUGGCUCUGAAGCAUUUUAAGAGUGGCUUUACAAUUCAUUUCAAUGCAUUUGAUGCUCUAGUUGGGUGGAAGAAGGAAGCUUUGCCACCAGUUGAAGUCCCAGCUGCUGCUCAAUGGAAAUUCCGAAGUAAACCCUCCCAGCAAAUAAUACUGGACUAUGAUUAUACAUUCACAACGCCAUACUGCGGAAGUGAAACUGUUAAGUUUGAUGCAGACAAGCUUGAAGGAGGAGAGAUCUCUAAGGAUACCUGCAAUCUCCAUUGGGAAGACUGCAACGAAAAAAUUGAUGUAGUUGCUUUGGCUUCGAAAGAGCCUAUUCUCUUUUAUGAUGAGGUAGUCUUGUAUGAAGAUGAAUUGGCUGAUAGUGGAGUGUCACUUUUAACUGUAAAAGUGAGAGUCAUGCCAAGUUGUUGGUUUCUCCUGUUGCGAUUUUGGCUUAGAGUUGAUGGAGCACUAAUGAGACUAAGGGACACUCGAAUGCAUUGUGCUUUUAAUGACAAUGCAAGUCCCACUAUUCUUCGAGAAAGCUGCUGGAGAGAAGCCACAUUUCAGGCUUUAUCUGCAAAGGGAUACCCUUCUGAAGAUGCUGCCUAUAAUGAUCCAAGCAUCAUCAGCCAAAGGCUUCCUGUCAUCAUGCAUAAGACCCAAAAGCUAAAGGUACCUGAUAAUGUGUAAGGCUGUAAAUUGUCUCCAUGCAAGAGUUUCUGUUUUGCUGGAUUCUAUUGAAUGUAAACUUUUCUUUUCACAUUCGCAUAUUCUCUUACUCUUUCUCAUGUUUAUUAAGUU